CGACGACGACCAUCAUCACCAUGGUCGCGCACGAGGACGUCGGUAUCGGGGACUUUGUGCUGCUGGACGAAAUCAGUCACGGGAGCGUCGUCGAGAAUCUCCGAGUCAGAUUUAAUGGAGGAAAAAUUUAUACUUACAUUGGUGAAGUAUGCGUCAGCGUCAAUCCAUAUCGAAGUACAAACAUUUAUAGUUCCGAGUAUGUGGAGAAGUAUAAAGACAGGGAACUCUUUGAGAAUCCGCCACAUAUAUUCGCCAUUGCCGACGCCGUGCACAAGGAGAUGAAACAGCAGGGGCGAGACACGUGUAUCGUCAUAAGCGGCGAGUCGGGCUCGGGCAAAACCGAGGCCAGCAAAAUCAUAAUGAAGUACAUCGCCGCUGUGACGAACGUGGACGGCCAGCAGGAGAUCGAGAGAGUGAAAAAUAUACUGAUUCAAUCAAAUUCUAUAUUGGAAUCAUUUGGAAAUGCUAAAACCAAUCGAAAUGAUAAUUCUUCAAGAUUUGGUAAAUAUAUGGAUAUUAAUUUCGACUUUAAAGGUGAUCCCGUCGGUGGAGACGUCACAAAUUAUCUUUUGGAAAAAUCUAGGGUUGUUUAUCAACAAAAAGGCGAGCGUAAUUUCCAUUGUUUUUAUCAGCUUAUUAAUGGUUGUAAUGAAACGGACUUAAAGGCAAUGCGAUUAAUAAGAGACCCUUCUAAUUAUAAUUAUGUUAAAAAUAGUACAAGCAAUAAUCAAACGAGUUCCAACGAUAAAAGCGAUUAUAAAGCUGUUAUGAAUGCAAUGGCGACCCUAGGAUUUACGCAAAUAGAAACGCAAACCAUUUGGAAUGUUGUUGCCGGUGUUUUGCACUUGGGUAAUGUUACAUUUAGUCUCGAUGAAGACAAAGUUAAUAUUAACGGAGACAAGGCAUGUACCAAUGCUGCUCAUUUAUUAUCCGUAAAUCAAACUGAACUUAAUGCAACACUGAUUCAAAGGAUUAUUGCCGCUGGAGGUGAAGUUAUGCAGAAAACACAUACUUUGGUAGAAGCUGAGUAUGGCAGAGAUGCUUUAGCCAAGGCUGUGUAUGAUAGAUUAUUUACUUGGAUAGUAUCGCGAAUAAAUAGUACAAUAAACGUUGCUUCAAAUAAUAUUUGCAAACGUUACAGGACAUUAAUUGGUGUAUUAGAUAUUUAUGGAUUUGAAAUAUUUGACUCCAACAGUUUUGAACAAUUUUGUAUUAAUUAUUGCAAUGAAAAAUUACAACAAUUAUUUAUUGAAUUGGUAUUAAAGCAAGAGCAAGAGGAAUACAAAAAGGAAGGUAUAGCGUGGCAAAACAUAGAAUAUUUUAAUAAUCAAGUGAUUUGUGAUCUCGUUGAACAAAAUCAUAAAGGAAUUCUUUCCAUUAUGGACGAGGCUUGCCUUAACGUUGGUAAGGUGACGGACAGAAUGCUCCUCGAAGCUAUGGAUAAAAAAUUAAUAGAUCAUAAGCAUUAUACAUCUCGUCAAUUAAAACCAACAGAUAAAGAAUUAGAGCAUAAAACACAAUUUAGAAUAAAACAUUAUGCUGGAGAUGUUGUGUAUAAUAUUAAUGGUUUUUUAGAUAAAAAUAAAGAUACGUUAUUUCAGGAUUUCAAACGCUUAUUAUACAAAAGUAAAAAUUCUAUAAUUAAAAGUAUGUGGCCCGAAGGUGCUCAGGACAUCACGAAGACAACAAAACGUCCGCUAACAGCAGGAAAUCUUUUUCGAAAUUCGAUGGUAGCUCUAAUAAAAAAUCUUACGAAUAAAGAACCAUUCUAUGUCAGAUGUAUUAAACCUAACGAAGUCAAAUCUCCAGUUGUUUUUGACGAGGCAAGAGGGAUGCAUCAAGUUCGAUAUUUAGGUCUCGUAGAAAAUAUAUUGGUCAGGCGAGCUGGUUUUGCCUACAGACAACGUUACGAUAAAUUCUUAAAAAGAUAUAAAAUGAUAUCGCAAUAUACUUGGCCGAAUUAUAGAGGCGGAAGUGACAAGGAUGGAGUGAAAAUGAUGAUGGAUGAAAAAGGUUUUUCAAAUGAUGUGCAGUAUGGACACACCAAAAUUUUUAUUCGAUCUCCACGUACGCUCUUUGCCCUUGAAAAGGCUCGAAGCAACCUCAUCCCUGACAUAGUCAUUUUAAUUCAAAAAAUGGCUCGAGGAUUCAUGGCUCGCAGAUAUUUUAGAAAGCUCUAUGCUGCCUACAUUAUAGUACAACAUUAUCGUCGAUAUAAAAGGCGAAUUUACGUAAAUGAGCUGAAAGAUACUUUUAAAGAUGCAAAAAACAUGCGCGACUACGGUAAACGUUUACCUUGGCCGAAAGAGAAUUACGCAGUUAAAUCGGUCGUACCUUUAUUGAAAAUAAUGUACGCGAGAUGGUACAGUUGGAUGAUUUUGAGAAGAAUACCCAGAGACGAUUGGCCGCAAUUACGUUUAAAGAUGUCGGCGGCAUCAGUAUUACGUUCGAAACGUCAACAUUACGGACAAGAUAGAAGAUGGGAAGGCAACUACCUUUCACAAUUCAAUGAAAAUUCCCACAAUGAUGUUUACAAUAUGUCAAUGAACAAUCUCAGAAAUGCUGAUCAUUUUAAAACAAUAUUAUUCAGUGCCUUCAUAAAGAAGACAAAUAAAUUUAAUAAACAAGCGGAUCGGGUCAUGGUUGUUACGGAGCAGGCUCUGUAUAAAUUAGAAAAUUUAAAGUUUAAAAAUUUGAAGAAAGUUAUGAACAUUGCAGAAAUUACAGGCCUUAGUGUUUCUCCUGGAAAAGAUCAGCUAAUUAUCAUUCAUUCUAAUCAUGGCAAUGACUUUAUUGCCUCUAUAAUAACGAAAGAUGAUAAGGUUGGAGAACUCGUUGGAAUUUUAAGCAACGCAUACUAUCAAUUAAGAAAGUCUGAUUUACAAGUCACAGUCGAUGUAAAAUUCAAGUGUAUGCUUGGAAACAAACGAAAAAUUUUACAAAUUGAAGUAAUGCCAGAAGUUAUGGAGCCAACUUUUAAAAAGGAUGGAGACAGUAUUGUCUAUGCUUUACCACCGAUGGUUGAAAUUAUCGACGAUAGUGCCAAUAAUAGAUUAAAACCCAAGACCGGGAGUUAACAAGUGGCGGAAGAUAUUUAAAAAUAUUCUAUUUUUUGUAAUAUAAAUUUAAAUAUUUUUUUAUAAGGAAUUUU